CAUAUGAUUGCGCCAUCGGGUGCUUACUAAAGUGCGCACUAUAAUACUAAAUAGUAUGUGAAAAUAGUACACAACCCAUAGGGGGCGUUGUACUUCAACAGCACUAUUUAGUAUGUUAGUAUGCGGUUUUAGAUAUAGCUGUUGUCUCAGGUACUGCAGGCAGCCAUGGCACAGGACGGGGUUAUUUUGCAAUUCAGUUUCGCCACAUUUGGUGACUCUAUGCUCCAGAAGAUGGAUAUGCUUCGAAAGGACAGACGUUUUUGCGACGUCAUUGUGCAUAUCAAUGACAUUGAGAUUCCUGGUCACAAAGUUGUGUUUGCUGCUGGCUCUCCUUUCCUCAGAGACCAGUUUUUCCUUCAGGACUCACAUGAAGUUGAAAUAUCAACACUGCAGGAUGCAGAAGUUGGACGGAGACUUCUUCUCUCUUGCUAUACAGGGACACUUGAGUUCCCGGAGCUGGAACUGGUCCACUAUCUGACUGUAGCCAGUUUCCUACAGAUGGGCCACAUUGUGGAGCAAUGCACAAAAGCCCUGAAUAAGUUUAUUAAGCCUCAGAAUGUUGAGGAUUCCCAUCGUUCUCAGCAGACUUCUAACAUUACCACUCAGCUACGAGAGCCACCAAAUAUACAAACAGUGUUCGAUGAUGAUGAAGAGGUGGACAACGUGAUUGAAGACGAUAACGAUGAUGACGUAAUCAUUGAACCAAGGUCGCCUCCUAUGUUUCAGAGGAAAUGCCAAGGAGAGGAAAGCCCCAUCAACAUCAUUAAAGUGGAAUCGGUGGACGAUCGAAUGCAGAUAUCUCAAAAUUUACAGAGUGGUCCUGCUCGGUCCCCUGCCCUGUGCUCCCCAGAGCCCCAGCAUUCACUCAUUAACUCGACCGUAGAGACACGGCCUGCUGAGAAUACCCCAAAUGCCACUCUUGACUAUGCACUCUCUUCACCCGGUCCCAGUGGCAUGGGAAAGGAGAAUGUGUGGAGCUGCUCUCGGAAUACGGACAAAGGCAUGCAAUGGUACCACCAGUGCCCAAAAUGUGCCCGUGUCUUCCGUCAGUUGGAGAACUAUGCCAACCACUUGAAGAUGCACAAGCUGUUUAUGUGCCUCCUUUGCGGCAAGACCUUCACACAGAAAGGGAACCUGCACCGGCACAUGCGCGUCCAUGCUGGUAUCAAGCCAUUCCAGUGCAAAAUUUGUGGAAAGACAUUCACGCAAAAGUGUUCGCUACUUGAUCAUUUGAACCUGCACAGCGGCGACAAACCACACCGCUGCAACUACUGUGAAAUGGUGUUUGCUCACAAACCUGUCCUGCGCAAACAUUUGAAACAGAUCCAUGGCAAAAACAGUUUUGACAAUGCCAAUGAAGGUAGCAUGCUUGAAGGGUUUUGAAUCUACUGCAUCUAAUAAAAAAUGAUGUAAAAUCUUUUUAAGGAUUCUAAAACAGAAAAUGGUCCUGUAUAUAUGGCAAGGCCUUGUAUGCACACUAAUGGUUAAUGUGUACCCAACAUAUGAACUCUGUUACUUGUAUUAUUGUGUAGUUGGUCAUUGUACUGUAUUCAACA